AUGCUGCUGUGGCGGUGGCUCGUGAGGGGCGGCCGGGCGCCAUGGGGAGCCGCGCUCCUCGGCGCGGCCCUCGCCGCCCCGCGCUGCCGCCCGCCGCCCUUCUCCACGACCGGCGCGCGGGACGCCAAGAGCCGGCGGCUCGCGCGGAAGAGAGCCCUGACGGAGCGGCAGCUGACACGCUAUUUUGUGGAUCAUCGGAAAGUGCGYGUGGUUGGAGGACAAGGCGGAGGAGGGGGCCAUUCUUUUUAUAGUGAGCCCAGAAAAGAAUUUGGAGGUCCUGAUGGUGGAAAUGGUGGUGAUGGGGGUCACGUCAUUUUCAAAGCUGACCGCCAAAUGAAAUCACUUUCAUCAAUCCUUCCCUUCUACCAAGGUUUUCAUGGACAGAGAGGAGGAAGCAAAAACUGCUAUGGAGCCAGCGGUGCAUACAUGUACGUUAAAGUCCCUGUAGGUACAUUGGUUAAAGAAGAUGGGAGAGUUGUGGCUGACUUCACUCGACAUGGUGAAGAGUAUAUUGCAGCUUAUGGGGGAGCUGGAGGGAAAGGUAAYCGCUUUUUUCUUUCCAAUGAGAACCGAGCCCCAACGUUCUUUACUCCUGGAGAGCCAGGCCAGGACAGAGUCCUCCACUUGGAACUCAAGACAACAGCACAUGCAGGAUUGGUGGGUUUUCCCAAUGCAGGGAAAUCAUCACUUUUGAGAGCAAUCUCCAAUGCAAAGCCAGCAGUGGCUGCCUACCCAUUCACAACCCUAAACCCUCACGUUGGCAUCGUUCACUAUGAGGACUAUGAGCAAGUAGCAGUUGCUGAUAUUCCUGGCCUAAUAAGAGGUGCUCAUCAAAACAGAGGCCUCGGGAUGGCAUUCCUAAGGCACAUCGAACGCUGUCGUUUUCUCCUAUAUGUGUUAGAUAUGUCUCAGUCUCAGCCUUGGAUUCAGCUGCAAGACUUAAAAUAUGAACUGGAACAAUAUAAAAAAGGACUGUCCAAGAUUCCAUGUGCUAUCAUUGGGAAUAAGAUUGACCUUGCCCAGUCCAGGACUAAUUUGCCACUUCUCAAAGAACAAGUAGGUGAGCGGGUCAUUGCGUUGUCUGCAUUGACAGGUGACAACCUAGAGGAAUUAUUGCUGCAUUUGAGAGAACUGUAUGACAAUUAUGUGAAAACAGAACAGUCACAAGGAAAAAGCCCAGUCAAGUGGUAGGAAGCAGAACUACUGUGAGCCAUAAUGGAGGCUAAAAUAUCAUAAUUUGAUGGAUUAGAUGACAUCUUCCUUUUAAGGGCAUAAAGUGUGUGGAUUUACUCUCCACUGCUCUGUUGGAAACCUGCUUGUUUUGGUUCCCUUUGAAGUCUCUCAGACUUUUUGCAACAAAACUUGAAAGUUGUAAUAAAGACAGUUGCCAUUUUCCAGUUCAGCAUCCAAGAUCCUCUCUGGUAUUAGAUGGAUACCUGUGGAAUGACGAAGAAUGCUGUCUGGUGGAACUGACUGAAGCUCAGGAUCUGCGGGCAAUGUUGAUUUGCUUUUCUGAACUAGAAAGAAGUGACUUCUCACUGUCAUUAAUCAAAAUUUCUAAAUAAAAAUAAGCUAAUCCA